CUCACCGGGCUUCUCAUGGUGCCUUGGCUUCCAGGAGCAUCUCGGUCAAAACAGUGGCCUCGGUGCUUGGGACAUUAAAUCCAAAUUCUGAGGCCUUGCUUUGCAGACCUCCCCUUUCUGACCAUUUCCCUCUUACCGACUCCUCUAGUCUCUUCAUCAGUCCAGGCUCCCCACAGUGCCCCAUCUUCCCUCUUCUUUUCCCAGUCUUUCUCUCCUGCCUUCUCUACCCGCAUCUCUCCCAGCCAUUGCCUAAACCUCGUCGGUCCUUUCAGGUUGGUGGCACACAGCUGGGCACUAAGGUAUGUAAAUUCCCCACUCUUUCUCCAAGUGUUUGGUGUGUAUCGGCGAAAUGGGAUUAGGUCUUUGAAUGCAGAGCCGUGCCUGUUUUUCCUGAAUUAAGGACAACUGGGCGCUCAGAGCGCCCCUGAGAAUCUGCAGGUGGAGAAGUCUCGGUGAGGAGCCCGGAGGGAGGGACGAGGGCGAGUCCGGGGGCCGCGCGUGUCCGCCCAGCUUCCACGGAAGGUGAAGGGCCUAUUUCCUCGGGGAGACAGGCACCGCUUCCUUAGUUUCCCUCCGCCGCCGCGAGUGCGCCGGGGCCGGGCCCAGCUGGGGAAUCCGAGGCUCUGAGGGAGGGGGUGGCGGGAAAUGGUGCCUCGCUCGCCCCAGCGACAUCAAACCCUCGUUUGGCGUGCGAGGACAAUGGCUGUCUUAUUUUCUCCAUUCGCCGCGCACAAUGCCGGAUUCUCUCAUUCACCCGCGGUGGUGCGAGCGAGCCAUGUCGGACUUCCACGUGCAUCCCCAGGCCACCGUGGGUGAGGAGGGUGGUGUGGCCCGCUUCCAGUGCCAAAUCCAUGGGCUUCCCAAACCCCUGAUCACUUGGGAGAAGAACAGAGUCCCAAUUGACACGGACAAUGAGAGGUACACAUUGCUGCCCAAGGGGGUCCUGCAGAUCACAGGACUUCGAACUGAGGACAGUGGCAUCUUCCACUGUGUGGCCUCAAACAUCGCCAGUAUCCGGAUCAGCCACGGGGCCAGGCUCACUGUGUCAGGCUCGGGCUCUGGGGCCUACAAGGAGCCGGCCAUCCUCGUGGGGCCUGAGAACCUCACCCUGACAGUGCACCAGACCGCGGUGCUUGAGUGUGUCGCCACAGGCAACCCGCGCCCCAUUGUGUCCUGGAGCCGCCUGGAUGGUCGCCCUAUCGGGGUGGAGGGCAUCCAGGUGCUGGGCACGGGAAACCUCAUCAUCUCAGACGUGACGGUCCAGCACUCUGGCGUCUACGUCUGUGCAGCCAACAGACCUGGCACCCGGGUGAGGAGAACGGCACAGGGCCGGCUGGUGGUGCAAGCCCCAGCUGAGUUUGUGCAGCAUCCCCAGUCCAUCUCCAGGCCAGCUGGGACCACAGCCAUGUUCACCUGCCAAGCCCAGGGUGAGCCACCACCUCAUGUCACGUGGCUGAAAAAUGGACAGGUGCUGGGGCCAGGAGGCCAUGUCAGGCUCAAGAAUAACAACAGCACACUGACCAUUUCUGGAAUCGGUCCUGAAGAUGAAGCCAUUUACCAGUGUGUGGCCGAGAACAGUGCGGGCUCAUCACAGGCCAGUGCCAGGCUGACCGUACUGUGGGCUGAGGGGCUCCCCGGGCCUCCCCGCAAUGUGCGGGCAGUCUCUGUGUCUUCCACUGAGGUGCGUGUGUCCUGGAGUGAGCCGCUGGCCAACACCAAGGAGAUCAUCGGCUACGUCCUGCACAUCAGGAAGGCUGCUGACCCACCGGAGCUGGAGUAUCAGGAAGCAGUCAGCAAGAGCACCUUUCAGCACCUGGUCAGCGACCUGGAGCCCUCCACAGCCUACAGUUUCUACAUCAAGGCCUACACACCAAGGGGGGCCAGCUCAGCCUCUGUGCCCACCCUAGCCAGCACUCUGGGUGAAGCCCCUGCCCCACCCCCACUGUCAGUGCGAGUCCUGGGCAGCUCCUCCUUGCAGCUGCUGUGGGAGCCUUGGCCCCGGCUGGCCCAGCACGAGGGCGGCUUCAAGCUGUUUUACCGCCCAGCAAGCAAGACCUCCUUCACCGGCCCCAUCCUGCUGCCUGGAACCGUCUCCUCCUACAACCUCAGCCAGCUCGACCCCACUACAGUGUACGAGGUGAAGCUGCUCGCCUACAACCAGCAUGGAGAUGGCAAUGCCACAGUCCGCUUUGUGUCUUUGAGGGGAGCAUCUGAGAGGACAGCCUUGAGCCCACCAUGUGACUGCCGGAAGGAGGAGGCCGCCAACCAGACGUCCACCACAGGCAUCGUCAUCGGCAUCCACAUCGGGGUCACUUGCAUCAUCUUCUGUGUCCUCUUCCUCCUGUUCGGCCAAAGGGGCAGGGUCCUCUUGUGUAAGGAUGUGGAAAACCAGCUGUCCCCUCCACAGGGUCCCCGGAGCCAGAGGGACCCUGGCAUUCUGGCCCUAAAUGGGGCGAGACGGGGAGAGCGGGGCCAGCUGGGCCAAGACGAGAAACGUGUGGAUAUGAAGGAGCUGGAGCAGCUGUUCCCCCGGGCCGGGGCAGCAGGGCAGCCGGAUCCCAGACCCACAGAUCCUGCAGCCCCCGCCCCGUUUGAGGAGACCCAGCUCUCCGUGCUGCCACUUCAGGGGUGCGGCCUGAUGGAGGGGAAGACGACGGAGGCCACGGCCCCCUGUGCAGGCCUGGCGGCUGCCCCACCACCCCCAGAUGGAGGCCCCGGCCUCCUCAGUGAAGGCCAGGCUUCCAGGCCUGCAGCAGCCCGGGUUACCCAGCCAGCUCACUUGGAACAGUAGCCAGUGUCUGGCAGGCUCCAAAGGGUGGCCGGAGCGGGGCCAUUCUCAGGUCAAAAGCAAGAUUUCUACUGUCAUGUGGGAUUUGGAUGGUCCUGGGGACUCCCCAGCAUUUCUGUCCUGACUGCCUCUUGGGUUGUCAAAACCCAAGGCAGCCUUGACAGGGACCCCCCAGCCCCAACACCCAUCAGGAGUUGGAGCAGUCCCUGCAGGAGCCCAUUCCUUCCCUGGGCUGAUGCCCCCUCGCCUCUGCCUGGUACCCACGUGACUUGGAACUGAACUAACAUUUUUCUUUAAAAAGCGAAACUUAAAAUCAAAAAAAAAAAAAAGGGAGAGAGAUAGAGGAAGGUGAAUUAGACUCCAAAAGAUGACCUUGCUGUAGCUGGGCCCUGACACUGUCACUCUCCACCAACCUUGUUUUCUCAGGAUGGAUUUUUGCUGUUUUGGCUCUCAGCACCUACCUCAGCCGGAAUGAAUGUCCUAGGGGCAGUGGGGUGGUGGCCUCAGCCCCCUUACCCCACAGAGCCCGAAUGCACUCCUACCUCAAGUCCCCUUGAUGGGGACCCCCUCUCCCUUCCCACACUGUUGUCCAGAGUUUAAAAAAAAAAAAAAAAAGCACUUCCCCGUUUCCAGGUGUGAAAGAAAACGUCUACCUCAAGGCUCGCUGGCUCUGUGGGCUGUGUUUUCACUGGACCUGCUUCCUCGCCCCUCCUGCCCACAGCCCAUCUGCCUCUCCCGCAGAGGGGAGGCCAGCGGUUAGGCCACCAAGGGGAACUCUUGUGGCCUACAGAAAUAAAAAUGGAUUGGGCAGAAAGAAAAUGUGAAAGAAGCCAAAAAUGAGAGGAAAUUUGUUCCUUGAAGUAUAAAUUGUCCAAACGAGCCACCUCCCAGCACACUGCCUGUCCCCGUCUUGUCUGUCCACUCCCAUUUUGAGCCAGCCCAUCCUUGAUGGGGAUGCCCAUGAGGAACCUGGGCUUGGGAGGGUGGCAUCAGCUGGCCGCCUGCCUCCUGUCCUGCAGGCCAGGCUCCUUGAAUGUACCAUGUGUGGGAUGGGUGUGUGGGAGGGUGAGGGGGUGUGGGUGUCCCCCACAGAAGCACCCCAGCCUCAGGCACCCAGCCAGCCUGAUCCACCCCUCGACAGGGGAGCAUCCACUGUCAGCAGCCAUGGCCGGAAGCUAUUUUUAUACAAGGUGUGUUAAGGGUUACGUUCUUGUGACUUUUUGUUACUCUUUUCUGUUGUGUUGUUCUUUGAACUACUUAGUUAAAGAAGAAGAAAAGAAAACCAAGGAAACAAAUACCUAUUUUUGGUUAUACUCGGAAACAUUUUUUUAAAUAGCAGAAGAAAAACUUUUUUUUAAAGAAAAAAAGAUAAAUGUAUUCCUUAAGAAUGAGAUUAGACCAUAAAAAAUCCCUGACCCCCAACCCUCUAGGGACACCUCCACCCUGAACUUUAGUUAAUUAGCUGAAGAAGAUAGAAUUUGUGGUGUUUUCCUAGAAAACUAGAGCUGUGUCCGCGUGGACUUGGGGAAGGGUAGUCCCUUCCCUUCUCCCAAAUGAUGUGUGGAUGCCCAGGGCUCCACAAAGCUCCCAGGCAGUGCCCCCUCUGUUCCCAAAGCAGCUUCUCUCGGGAGCCUCCCUCUUUCCCUUGGGAAGGGUGGGGCUGGGGCAGGAGGGAGCUGGGGGGCCACGUGGCCUGACUUGGGUUUUAUCACACUCUGCUCAUUUUGACUGAAUAAAAGUCCUGUUGCCAAAGUGAA